AAGAUGAGGGGCAAGAAGUCAAUCUCGAGAGUGGGAUCCCGAAAGGAUAAACAAGACUAUGCCGUAUGGCAGAGGCAAUAUAUAAUGUCUGUUAACAGAAGGAGUCGCGAAGAAUGAAACAAGGGUUCACUUCCAACAUCGGGUCCAAGCGCAAUUGCGCAAUUGCGAUGACAGGAAGUCAGAGAGAGGAGAAGCGUGUGCUUGUCCAUCUCGAUCUAGCAUAUUUUACAGAUGUGUCGGUUCAUGGUGUACAAGGGCAAGGAGCCAAUCCUUCUUUCCACCCUGAUCCUCGACCCUGCGCACUCGAUUCUUACUCAGUCCUACGACUCCCGCCUUCGCUUGGACACGCGACGUCCUCACAAUGGCGACGGCUUUGGUGUUGGCUACUACACCCCUCCUUCAUUACUAGCAUUGCUCGGCCCAGACCCGUGCAUCUUCACGUCUACCAUCCCUGCCUGGAACUGCACCAACCUCACCCGUCUAGCCAGCAAGACCGUCUCGCCCCUCAUCUUCGCCCAUGUGCGCGCAAGCACCGAGGGCGCUUUGGCCGAGAGCAACUGUCACCCUUUCAGCCGCGGUUGCUUGAUGUUCAUGCACAACGGAGGAGUAGGAAGCUGGAACAGCGGUGUCAAACGCAAGCUGGUCAGUGACGUAGGCGACCGCUGGUUCGGAGGUGUAACAGGCAGCACCGACUCGGAGUGGUGCUUUGCCUUGUUUCUCGACAGCCUGGAGAAAUCUGGCUACGAUCCCGACAACCACGAUGCUCAAAACAAUGGUUUCGGCCACAGCGUCCUACGCAAGACAAUCCUCAAGACAAUCCAACGCAUCAACGGCUACAUCAGGGAGCUUCCCGAGCAUGUCAGAGAGGGCGACACGCGUAGUCUGCUCAACUUUGCCGUGACCGACGGCAAGAGCGUCGUCUGCACCCGCUACGUCAGCAGCAAGACCGACGAGGCUGCGAGUCUGUUCUUCAGCUCCGGCACUAGCUGGAAGAAGCAGAGCGGUACUUCGGCAGAGAAGGCCGACUAUACCAUGGAGAGACGCGACAGAGGUGCCGACAUUGUUCUUGUCGCCAGCGAACCCCUGACCUUCGAACGUGACAACUGGGUCACCGUUCCCACAAACAGCACUGUCACCAUUCACAAUCAGACCGUCCUCAUCCAUCCUAUCAUCGACGACUUUUACAACCCGUCACCCAGCUUCAAGCGCAGUUCAAAAUUCGCCGAGACCAAGGGUCAAACCACUACCGAGAUGGCAGGUGCUUCACUAGAUGCUGCUCCCGAAAAGCUCAUUCAAGCCGCCGCCUGAACAGUGCUUUUCAAGCUUGCAUAUCCUAGCCUCGUCUUGGACACAACUUAAUCAUCAUCGAAGCUUUCACGAUAUCGUGUGAUUAGCUUACUGUAAUAUUUCCAUCACUCGUAUUAUACCUUCGGAUACCUUCGGAUACCUUCGAGACAUGCUGGUGGCCGUACAUAUCAAGAGAAGGAAGGAUCGUUACCAACAAGGAACGCACUCCGAAUAUCUGCAAGACGCUCUGACGGCUUGCGAGAUCACAUGGUCAC